GACCAGCUCGAAAGCGUGCAUUUUUUGAGGAGGAUCCGGCGCGAGUUUGACCUGGAGCGAGGCAGCGACAUGGACGAGGCGGUUCGGCAGGUGGAGGGGCAGUUCGCGCAGGGGAGCGUCGCAGGGGAUGGCGAUCGUGGUAGCAAUGGCGAUUCCGAUGGGGGAGAGGUGGAGGGACGCCCCUUUGAGAAGCACGUGGAGGAGGAAAUCAAGAGGCGCGGCACGGACGAGGAGACGGUGAACAAACUGAUACGCAGCAAAUUCAUCGAUAUGUUUAAAGUAGACGAUGCGGUUAAGAAGACAAACAAACAGAUAAAAAAAAGCCAAAGCGUGAGUGCACUACUGGAGCUGUUCCAUCAAAAAAGACCAAAAAACAUAAUAAAUAUUAUGUACAUGUUCAUGUAUAUUUGUAGAUUUAAAAAUGCAAACAUGAUGGAAUAUAUAUAUGACAGAAGAUUUGCCUUCUUAACUGAUACCUUUGAACAGGUGUUGAAAUUUUACCUGUACAUGUUCAGAAAAAAUAUGAACUGUUCAGAAGGAAAGAAGGAAAGGACAGUAAUUUUAAACAGCAGGAACAUAAUCUUUUUACUGAAAUAUAUGAACAAGUUAAAAUUAUUUUACAUAAAUUUGAAUAUUUACAAUUUGCUAUUUUUGAUCAUGUCUCAAUCGCUUCACCUGUUCAGCAUUGACUCGUUGGUAGUUCUAUUGGCCUACUUGAAUGAGUAUUCUUACUACGGGAGUGAGGUUCACAAGAAAAUAAAUAUGUCGAUUUUGAGCAGGAUCUUCGAACUUGUGCGGGUCGACAGGUCCAACCUGUCCAGACUCCACUUCGGCCACUUCAAGCUGCUCGUGCCGCUCCUCGUGAAGCACAGGUACGUCGGCGGGGUUGGCGGGGUUGGCGGGGUUAGCGGCGUUGGCGGUGUCAGACGUGUGGAUGGCGAUGACGACGCCGCGCCCCGCCUGCUGGGCCACUUCGCCAAGGACACUGAGCGCUUGAUUGAAAGCGUGCGGAGUGGCCAAGCCUCCACACGCAGCAAGGACAUCUGCGACGUCCUGUUCUACGACUCCAAAACGAAAGAACAAAAAAAAAACAAAGAAAAUUACAUGGCCUAUUUGGAGAACCAACACAUGCAGCAGAGGAAGAAGGACAUAAAAUUCUUAUACAAUUUUUUGCAAUACUUAAUGCUUGGUAAGUUUGCGCAAGGGGAGGAAACUGUGCAAAGGCUAGUGGAUUUAUUUUUGGACAGUCUUUCCUUAUUCCAAGUGGAGGAUGUGCUCGCCAUUUUUUUCAACUCCGAACAGCUGCAACAUGGAGAGCAGUACAGCUCGUUGGUGACCCGCUGCAAACGCGAGCUACUGCAACAGAAGAGCUUACUGAAGGAUUUCCAAAUAAACCAGGUGCUCUCCUUUAUCAUACUAGGCUAUAGGCGGUCCGUCCUCUUCCGGGACUACCAUCGGUGCCUGUUCUCGAACGCGCGCUACGUCCUGCGGAGGGACCAAUCCAAUAAGGGAACCCCCCCCAGCCUGCACACCCUUCCACGCCUACUGUCGUGCAGAAGCCAAAUGCGCACCCUCCAGCGAAAGCACCUGCUCAGUAGCCAGGCCUUCAGAGACCCCCAGUUCCUCUACGACUUCACACAUGACAUACACAUUUUUGUAAAAUUUAAAAAUAUUCACCUCCUCAAGUUUGUGUACAACAUGUACUUACUCAGUCUCCUCUACUACAAAAACGCUGAUGUCCUUCGCAUCGUAUCAGAAGUGUCAUACGAUUUAAUCGAAACGAAUAUCUUUUCGUUCAUUGACCAGUACGCGUACUACAUGUACGAAGACCUUUACAUCAUCAUUAAGGCAUUCAAGUAUGUGUCCUUUUUUCAAAUAGAGCUAAUUGAACCAUGGAAGAAAUUUUUUUUUCUUCUGAACCAUUUUUCAAAUUCCUUGAACUUGGAGAAUAUUUAUGACAUUUUUUUUUUCGUUCACAUUUGUAACUUGCAAAAAUUGAAGUGCGAAAAUUACGACGUUUUUCGAGUACUGACUGGACGCAUGAAACGAAUUCUGGAGAUCCUGGACAAACACGACCUUCACCAGUUUAGUACUCACCCUCAUACGUACCUGCUGAACAUUUUGAACCUCGUCCGGGAGAAACGCAACGAGCAUGUUAGUUCCUUUGCCCAGGCGUUCUUCUACUCAGUGUAUAGGCGGCUGUGCGGGGACUCGGAGAAGACCCCCAGCGGGAACACCCCCAACGAGAGUACCCCCAGCGGGAACCCCUCCUGUGGGAACCCCUCCUGUGAGAACCCCUCCUGUGAGGCGCGCGAGGCCUACCGACAAGUGAACAGCCGCCCGUACAACUUCCGAGACGCGCGGCUCUUCCUGCAAGCAUUCUUACUCUACCACAACGAAAAGCAGGACCAUCUAAAUUUGAAAAUUCUCCACUUUAUCCUAUUCAAUGUAGAAGAGUUUUUAUGUCAGAUGUGCCAAAAUGUGAACUACUACCACAGUGACUACAUAUAUGGGACCCAAAUGGCAGAAUUUUUAUCAUUGGUACGCCAACUAGUAGAUAAAAAAUUAUACAAUGGACAGAUAAUGCGUAUGCUUGUUCUCAUAACUAAGCACAUGAUACACAUCCAGGGGGUUCACAAUGGCAGUGAUUAUGUCAGCGGGGUGAAUAUUUGGAAAACCUUCUUUGCUCGUUUCCCCCAGGUGACGGAUGCGAACGUGUGGUGCUUCAUUCGGCGGCACGCGCCGCCAACCUUCCGGGCGUAG